AUGCCUAUCGAGAAGAGGGCGCUGGCCCUCGUCAGCGACCGGGUCGGCCUGAUUAUAAUGACGGUGAUCUUCAGCAUACUCGUUAUUAGUGCAGUUAUACUGCGCUUCAAUGCGCGGAGCCUGACUAAGGCUGGUCUUAGAAUUGACGACUGGUUCGCGUUGAUUUCCCUUAUCUUCACUCUCGGUCUGAACGGCAUCUUCCUCGCUGGUACUAUCGAAGGUCCAAUCACCGGUCAUUCCGUCGUCGUGAACGACCUGCCAGUAACGAAUGAUCUCGAGAUACUGACGCAGAAAUACAAAUAUGCAUAUCAAACGACGGAGAAAAUUGUCUUCGGACUUAUCAAAAUAACCAUUUUGCUCCUUUGGAGGCGCAUCUUUUCCAGGUCCAGGCGUCUCGUCAUUAUCUGUUAUGUCAUGAUAACUAUUAUUACGGCCUGGACCGUGGCAUUCUUCUUUGAGACAGUCUUCCAAUGCGGGACGAAGUGGUCUCUGAACUGGGCGCCUAUUUUCGUGUUUCUCACCAUGUGCACCGCCAGCCUCGACGUGCUCACCGUAUUUGGUGUUACCGACAUACUCACAGAUCUCAUUAUCCUUAUCAUGCCCAUCCCGCUCAUCUGGAGUCUCCAGAUGCCCCAAAGGAAGAAAAUCGCUGUUACGGGCAUUUUCGCCCUCGGUUUCUUCACCAUCGGCGCCGGAAUAGCCCGUCUAUUCUACUACCUCGAGACAUCCUACCACCAAAAGGAGAACCCCGAUUUCAUCGCCGACGUAACACUCACGUUACUCUGGUCCACAAUCGAGGUCAACGUCGCCCUAAUCGUCUGCAACCUGCCGGUCCUGGGUCCCAUAUUCCGGCGUUUCCGGAGCAACGUCGCCCUGAUCUCGCGCCGGGUAGGGCUUUCGGGUUACUGGAUCGACAUCACGAAGGAGCGCACGGACGACGACGCCGUGAACAAAGGAAGCCAUCAGCUCAGCGACCUUUCCCGGACGGGGAAUCUCAGUACUGUGGACAACGAGGUAGAGACGGGUAUGGGGACGGGUAUGGGCUCUAGGACGUCGCAGCAGCAACAGCAGGGGAGGGAUGCAUGGGGCAAGGGCCGCGCAACGGUUGCUUCGGCGGGAUUUUCAGGAAGCGAUGGGGAGAAUCCUAAUCAUGGCCCGGGUAUCCUUGCGCGAACGGAGAUAUCUACUACUUUCGAAGAGAGGAGUCCACUUACAGUGUAG